AUGGCGGCCGUUACAGCACCCACUCCUAAGCUGGAUCGCUACAUCGUCAUCCACGUUGCAACCACUUGUGAUGAGCAUGGCGUCUAUGUCACCAAGGAUUCGGCCGAGGUGAUAGAAUUGGGAUGGAUUCUUUUGGACACUAAGACGUGCGAGGAGUUGCACCGAGAGAGUGUCCUCGUCAAGCCCGUUAACACACCCAUUACUCCGUUGUGCACGAGCUUGACCACCCUGACCUGGGAACACGUCCGCUCUGCAGGUACCUUCCGCGAUGCCAUCUCCCGAUUCGAUGCCUUCGCCCAGGAACACCUCACCAACAAGCACCUCGAGUUUGCCUUUGUGACUUUGGAUUCGUGGGAUCUGCGUGUGCAGCUGCCCCGCGAGGCCCGAGACAAGGCUGUGGUGCUACCCGCAUACCUGCAGCACUCUCGCACCUUUGAUCUGCGCACCGAAUAUCAGCGCUGGCAAACCCACCACCCCGAGUCCUUGCCCUUUGGACCCAGCUCCCUCUCCAACAUCUGCGCUGCCUUGGAGGUCGAGCCCGUCCAGUCCUCCGCCCCCAUUAAGCACAACCUCCCGUUCCAUCUGCAAGCGUUGGCCCCCGCCUCGCCCCGCCGUGCUAUGGAGGAGUCCAUCACGUUAGCCCGUGUGCUGCGUGGCCUGAUUCGCAAGUCGCAGCCGCCCCAUGAGCACCCCGAGAUUCUUACUCGGCCGAUGGAUGCACACGCCGAUGUCCGGGCUUUCUUGGCGGAACGGAGCAAGGUUCUUCACCUGAGUGGUCUGCCCCACGAUACCACUCAGUCGGAAUUGGAGAGCUGGUUCACUCAGUUUGGCGGCCGGCCCAUCGCCUUCUGGACACUGCGAACUCCGGACCAGCACAAGCCCACUGGCACUGGAUUCGCCGUUUUCUCGUCCCACGAGGAGGCUGCUGAGAGCCUGUGCAUGAAUGGUCGGGCGCUCAACGAGAAGGCAAUCGAGGUUUCCCCAUCCUCGAGCCGAGUUCUGGACCGGGCCGCAGAGAUCCUGACACCUUUCCCCCCAUCCAAGAACCGCCCCCGUCCUGGCGACUGGACUUGCCCGUCAUGCGGCUUCUCUAACUUUCAGCGCCGAACCGCAUGCUUCCGUUGCUCGUUCCCCGCCAUGGCCGCUGCACCGGACCCAAUGGGUUACGGCUACGGUCACGGUGGCUACGGGCCCCCGUCCAUGAUGCCUCCUCACAUGGGCGGUCAUGGUCACGGCAUGGGCCACUCGCGUGGUAUGGGUGGAAAUGGUGGUGUCGUUCCCUUCCGUGCGGGUGAUUGGAAGUGUGGCUCAGAGGGAUGUGGCUACCACAACUUCGCGAAGAACAUCAACUGUCUUCGCUGCGGCGCUCCUCGCUCAGGCGCUGCGGUUGUGGCUGACUCCGCCUUCCCCUCGCCCAUGGACCCCCCAUCACAAUUCGGAAUGGGUCCUAACUCCAUGGCCAGCACACCGGCUCCAGCUCCAUUUGCUUCAACUGCCGGUGGAUUUGGUGGAUUUAGCCAGCAGUUCGGUGCCCCACCGAACAACUAUGCGCUCCCCAACAGCAGCCUUGGCAAUGCCCCUGCUGCCUACCCACCGAUGGGUCAGGUGAACUCUGGAUACGGCUCCUCGAGCACCUCCCACUCUGCCGCCUCAUUCGCCAACCCAGCGACCCAGGCAGCAUUCACUGGUGCUGAUCACGGUGUGCCUUCGACUAGCGCCUCCAACGGUGCUUUCUACGGCACCGAGGGUUCCAGUGACCCCUUCGCCUUCCUGUCCAGCGGGCUUGGCGGUCUCACCGUUUCGGAUGACCCUCACUCUCGCCGAAACGGAGCUGGAGCCAACAAGUCUCCUGCUUAA